AUGGUCAAUUUCAAGAUAUCGCGUUCUAGCAUCGAUAUAGGGAAAGAGAGUGGGUGUGGUAAAUCUCUUUCUGAACGUGUAAUAAAAAAGAAGAUAUAUGGGUGGUCCAACAGUGGAGGUCUAGCGAUGGUGGUUCGACAUGGUGACCCUAGGUUUUAUUUUGGAUCCGCCACUAGGUACGACAGACCAAAGUUAAGUCGAUUUCGGAUCCCAUGGCUGAUUUGGAUCCAACUACUAGCUAUGUUUCUUCUCGUUAUCCUCCUUUAUAUUUUCACCACCACCCCUUCCGAUCUACCCCUCCAUUUCUCCACCGCCACCACCUCCGCCUCCGCUUCGCAGUCAUCCCCCGCCCUAUCUCGCUCUUUCAUCACUCCCGUCGCUGCAAACACUUAUCAGAAUUACAAGGUUACAGAAAAUGAAAUAAUAAGGGAGACAGGAACAAGCACAAGUGAAGUAGCACAAAGGGCAAAGAAACCGAAUGUUGGUGAGGGCCCCACUGCAGUAGAUGAGGAAAACAACAUGAUAUUGGAACAUUCAUAUCAUCCUUGUCAUCUUUUUGGGCUUGCAAAACAAGCUUUUCUCAAGUGUUUAGGGAUAGAUUCUGGACCUGAUAACUCUACCAGAAAAAGACACAAAGAAAAAGACGAAUGACAUGUAUACCCUUCCUCUUUCAAACUUCUUGUGAAUGUAUAGUAAUCUUCUCUUCUUUCAUCUGUUGUUCUAUAUAAACUCUUUUUAGAUUAGUUGAUUUUGAUACUUGAUUUGAAAUGGUAGAAUUAAGUUGGUUUAGAAGUAGUUUUCAUGACAUGACACUCUUAUUUGGUUUGAUCAAGGAACAAGAAUGAAUAUCACCAUAUAAACUCUCAGUCAAUUAUUGAUGAGUUGAUGAAACGUGUAAAACAAGCCUUGUUGAUUUUGUAGUCACUACCUAAAUGUUAC